AUGAUUCAACUUAAAACAGUGUUAAAUGUAAUAGAUAAUUCAGGUGCUCUUCUUGCAGAAUGUAUCAGAGUAGCUCAUGGUGGAAGAUAUGGUCGCAUUGGAGAUCCAAUUACAGUGGUGAUUAAAAGAGCCCGUCCCAUUCCACAGGUAACUUCUCAGACAGCAGCAAGUGCUGCUGCUGCAAACACUCCAGCAGGAAAAUUGAUGAUUCGUAAGGGUGAAGUACGUAAAGCUCUUAUUGUUCGGACAAGAAAGGAAACAAGAAGACCUGAUGGUCGUUAUAUAAGAUUUGAUGAUAAUGCCUGUGUACUUAUAAAUAAUCGUGGUGAACCAUUAGGAACAAGAAUACUUGGUGUUAUUGGUGCUGAAUUGAGAGAUAAAAAAUGGGGGAAGAUUGUUAGUUUGGCUCAAAGACCUCCAUUAAAGUUACCACCAUCAAAAUUUCCAUCAAAUUCAUUGUUGAAAUAA